AUAGCAUUUUGGUUUGUUGAUGUUUGUGUCCAACUUUCGCUCGCUGUUACGAAAGGAAAGCAUCGAACUCAAAGGAAUAAAUUCGUUUUGUAACGCUCGUGUUUAUACACCGAUGUCACGACAGGUGUAAUUAUACAUGUAUCGAGUCAGACUGUACAUAUACAAGUGAAAAGCCGUUUAUUCUGUUUUGGCGACUCAUACAAUCACAAAUCACCGCAAGCUGGCCAACUAUGACAAUCCUCCCGAAAAAGAAACCGGCCUCGACAGUCGGUGGCGGCGAUCACACUGACGAACCGGACAGACGUGGCGGCUCUGAGUCGCACCCUCAUCCGCUCGGAGGGCGAUCGGUGUCGAGACCCAGGGCCUCUCCGCCGCCGUGGUCAUACCAGGCCACGCCGCACACGUCUAGAGAGGAGCGGCGGAUCGAGACGAGCGCUCGCCCGCAGCCAGCCUCCCCGCAGCCCGGUCCCACUGGAGCUCCGGUCGGUCAGUGUGAAAGCAGCGCGAACUCCGUCGGAGGCCGUGUAGAGUUGCCGUGCGGUACAGGUGUCGUUGGAAGCUGCUGCUCGGGACAUGGACUCAGCAAGCGGAGACGGCAGGCGGUUUGCUCCAGCGGUUUGACAGGUGGAGGAGGAAGAGUGGGAGGAGGAGGUGGUGGUAGUCCUGUCUCGGAACCCGAGGAGGGAGCAGGAGGCAACAACAGUGAGGAUGAGUAUGAGAAUUCGGCCGGACUUCAGCUUGUGGAUCCAGCCACAGUUGAGCAGCAAGAAGAAUGGUUUGAGAAAGCCUUGAGUGAAAAGAAUGGCUUUGAAAUAAAAAAAAUGAAGGAAGACGGAGCUUGUCUUUUCAGAGCAGUCGCUGAUCAAGUAUAUGGGGACCAAGAUAUGCACGAUGUGGUACGGAAACACUGUAUGGAUUAUUUGACAAAAAAUGCAGAUUACUUCUCCAGUUAUGUCACAGAGGACUUCACCACAUAUAUUAACAGGAAGAGGAAGAACAACUGCCAUGGCAACCACAUUGAGAUGCAGGCAAUGGCAGAAAUGUACAACCGCCCAGUGGAGGUUUAUCAGUAUGGUGUCGAGCCAAUUAACACGUUCCAUGGCAUCCACGAGAACAAAGAUGAGCCGAUUCGAGUCAGUUACCACAAAAAUGUCCAUUAUAACUCUGUCGUGAAUCCCCUCAAAGCCAGUAUUGGGGUCGGGUUGGGCCUCCCCUCCUUCAAACCAGGGUAUGCUGACCAGUCUCUUAUGAAAAACGCCAUUAAGACCUCUGAGGAGUCAUGGAUUGAGCAGCAGAUGCUGGAGGACAAGAAGAGAGCAACAGAUUGGGAGGCCACUAAUGAGGCCAUCGAGGAGCAAGUGGCUCGUGAGUCUUACUUGCAGUGGCUGCAGGACCAAGAGAAGCAAGUGAGACAGCCUCGUAAGGCUAGUGCUACCUGCAGCUCCGCUACAGCCACCACAUCCAGUGGCUUUGAGGACUGGGGAUGCCGCUCGCCACGUCAGCGUAGCUCUGCCCCCUCUCCAGAGCAUCCAGGCCCAGCUCACCCUGAAGCCCCUGUCAAACCCCCCUCCCCAGCAGGAGCCUCGCUGGUUCUUCCCAAACCCCCCUCACCAUGUGCCCCAGGUCCAAGUCAUCAGUCUUCUGCCAACUCAUCCCUGGUGUCUCUCUACCCAACCCGGGGGUACAGAACAAUAAUGCAGGAUAUGUCGCCUACGGCCUUCGGUUUAACAGAUUGGGAAAAUGACGACGUUCUGGCCUCAGUACUGGCUGCUUCACAACAAGAAUACCUCGAUAGUUUGAAGAAAAAUGCAAUGCACAGAGAAUCUUCUUCAGACUGCAGUUGAUGUAUUUGGACAACAAAGCUUGCAGCACAAACCAUGGAGCAACACGCUGUUCACAGCUGCAGUUCAUUGUUUCAACACCAUGCAACAUUUCUUCCUCUCCCCUCUUUAUAAACACUGUUUUCUGAUCUGUCCCAGAUUUUUGUUUUUGGUUUGCUAACCCAUUUUCCUUCAACUUUUUAAUUAAGCUCCAUUGUCCUAGUUCGGUGCAUGUUUAAGAAAUCAUUGUAAAAUGAAUAUUAUAAAUAUAAUCUCGACUGUUUAUUAUUAUUAUCAGUUGUUUUCUUUUUUGGAGUAGAAUAAAUUAUACUAAUUUGCAUAAGCAGAUAACAUGUUUUGAAUUAAUGUUUUUAUUUUAUUUUUUUUAGUAUUUUUCAAUACUAAUGCAGCAAGCUGCAGGUUUUUGGUUAUUUAAAAAUGUCCAAUAAACAUUUUGUUUGCUGAUUAUAUACCAGAAAACUGAAAUAUGUAGUUUGAUGUUUGUGCACUGUCAAAAUUGUUUAGUGAAGGAUUUGUAUUGAACAUGUAACUAUCUGUUGGCACAUCAUAACAUACUGUAGCAUGUCUUCACAAACGGCUACAUUAAUUGUUCAAAGAAAAGUUUAGAAAGUGUAUAUACCAUUGAAUACAAUUCACAUAAUUUUUGCAAGGUGGGAUAAGAAAAUCAAAUGAUUAAAAUGUAGAAUCUCUCAAAUCAUGCGAGAGUGUUUAUAUUGUUUUUAGCUAACUCUAUAUGAAUAUGCAGUGAGGCCCACAAGUCUGGGAGCACGUUAAAAUCUGGGAUUGAAAAUCUAAUUUAAACAUGGAGAUAAAAAGAAAGUUGUUGGAAAUUUAAAACAAAGAAACAUUAUCAUUUAAAAUGAAUAAAAAAUAUUUACGAUUGUGUGCUAUUUCUAGAUUACUGAUGAAGUUUGUGACACUGAUCAAGUAAACUACUACCAUGUUCAAAAGGUGCAGAUUUCCUUGCUUUUACUGAAACACAAGAUGCUCUUUGGAACGUUUUUAAAUCAUGCUGGAUAACAUGGAUCAUCAGGUUUGACGUUUGUGUAAUACCAGCUCGAGGCAGCUGUCAUUAAAGCAAAAGGGGGACAGACCAAAUAUUAAAAAAAUAAAUACAUCUGUAAUUAAUGUUAAUGUUUUAAUAUUAAUUUAAUAUUAUUUUAACGUAAAUUGUUAUGCUGAAAAUAUAAUUUGUUA